GCAGGGUCUCUUUCUGGGCGACUGCAUCACUGCACAGUUAUUCCAGUGUGUGUCACUCAAAGCUGAUUGGAGCUAUGGACAUUUUUCAUGCCUAAAGUCAUGCCAUCUGAGUCAUUUAAUUGGUACCCGACGGACAAGGGUAUAGAAGCAGCAUUCCAAUAUUGUCAGCCCCUUAUUGUCGUGUUGUAGCCUAUCCAAGCAGGCACACAUUUGGGCUGUAGGCUAUGGAUUCCUCAUCCACGGAGCUUGCGUGGGCAUUUUGAAAAUUCAGAGUGUAAUGGCUGCAACUGUCCGAGCUUUCUAAAUAUAAAUCUAUAUUUAUAUUCAUAAAAGCUGCACAACGCACGACAGAAAAACUUCACCCUUGGAUUUGUGAUUAAGAGACAAUAGGUAGCCUAGCCAUAUACGAAAGUUUGGACCAGUCCCGUCUCUGCUAGCCUACACAUCAUAGACAGAAGACAAAGCCAGGCAGGCAACAAGAAACUUUUCUAUGUGGCCAAAAAACAAUAGACCACCUAAAAACUUCGUUUCCAGCUACGAAAUUCUUCUAAUCUAAGUUUGUAUUGUCAGGGAAUAAAUGAUCACCUCAGCAAGACGAGUCUCUCCAGAUAAACCUGAAGUUAGAAUCGCCUUCAGUCUCGACAACUCAGAGUUAAAUGACGCAGAGGAAGCCCUCCCAACCUUUCCUGACCUUGAACAGCGUCUUCAGCCAGUACUGCCAUGUCAGUCUUUGAAGGAGUCAGUCCAAGUCUACAAGGAUCAUUGCAAGAUGGCCAAAGAAUUCCGCGAAGUCAAAAUAGAAAUUGCUCAGCUUGAGGACAGAAAGAAAGAGCUACGAGGGGAGCUGGUGGAUGAUGACAGGAUGACCAUAGAGAUUGCCCGGCUCAAGGAGGAGUUUCGGGUCCUGGCUGAGGAGAACCGCACCUUGAUCACAGUCCAUAUGGAGCGGGCCCAGCAGUUGGAGACGUUGCGGGGGGUCAGUCAAAAGAGGCAGGGGUCGUCGUGACCCGUGACCUCCACACGUCACUGAGUGGUGCGGCGGGGUCAGUCUGCUCAGGGACUUGUGGAGGCUCACCAAGGGGGCUUCGAAAUGUGGUCCAAAUGGCAUUAUCUGUGGCUGUAACUCUGGCAUCGUCCCAGUGCAUAUGUUUUGUGACCACUGGAACGUCUGUCCUGUCUAUAUCAUGUCUCAUCAUGUUUUUGAGUAAGGUCUUCUGUCAGCCUGGGGCCAUCCCAGCACUGGUUCCUGACAGCAUUGGGUCAGAUUUCAUGUAUUUCUUCCAAAAUAAUAAUAUUUUAUGUUUUUCUGAUACUUAAAGGUCUGGCAUAACAGUAACGUUGGUUGUGAAAUUGUUACUGAUCAAUAAUUGGAAGAAAUGGAAACAGUAGAAGGGAUUUGACUGGUUGACACAGACAUGUUUAAGAGGCAUAGGCAAUACUACACCAGGCAAAAUGUAUACUUUCUUUUCAUUCGCUCCAGUGUAGCUUUGUUUGAGGAGAUUCCAUUCACAAUCCAAUCAAUGUAUUUGUUCUGAAUUCCAUCAUUUACUUUGAUCAGUGUACAUCCUGCAGCAGGUGUUUUUUCCCCCCAGGUGCUAUGUAUAUGUUUAAUGAAAUCUCAAAUAAAUGUUCAAUAAAAAGUUUUAUUCUGCA